CAGCGUCUUAGUCCUAGACACGAACUGAGACCCAGCCUCAAAACCCAACAAAAAAGAAAAAAAAAAAAAAGAAAAAAAAAAUCUCCAUCCCCUACACAAGAGAGAGAGAGAGAGAGAGAGACUGUGUCUCUUUCAAAUGGUUUCCAGGUUCGUUAAUGGCGUGACUGCCAGGAUUCAGGGAGGAGCUCUGCCUCUCUGACUUCCUAGCUUUUCCUUUUUUUUUUAAGCUGUUUGGCAUCUUUUUCUUGGCUUGGAGGAAAAUAAUAAAUAUUGCAAGAAAGUCUAAGGAACUGUCGGGAAAUUUCAAUAACCAACUUGUUUCAACGAGUUGUGUUCUGGGUCGAGCUUCUUUCAUCAGCUUAAGAGAUUCAAUGCUGCUUUCUGGGGAUUGGUUUCAGUGCUUCCAGAGACAGCAAAUGGUUCUUUGGAAUAUUAACAGGUUAGAGAAGCUCACUUGAUGUUUGACUUGAAAAGUGGUUUGUGAUUAUAUCUUGCUCUCUUGGAGUGGUCAUGAAAAAAAAGUAAGUUAACUGCAGUAAAUGAGGUGUUGUUGCUGGUUCCCUAAAAAAAAUAACCAGUUACUGAAGCUGUCUUGACAUUUGGCUACGAUGAUUGGUUAUUGAGACAUCUAUCUAAAAGGCAUGGCCUACUCUAUGGACAAGAAUGAAGUCAUUAGACAUACAAGUGUACCGUUUGUUUCUGUUUGUUAGUGGCUUUUAUGUAGUUGAUCUUGAUCCUAACUCUGUUGGUUAUUUAACAAGGAAAAUCUUGUUUGGCACUGGAUAAUUGACAGAAACUUUGGCUUCAUUUUGGGGCAAAUCUCCUUUGGCAAUAAAUUUUCAGAUCUAACAGAAACAGCAGAGUUUUUGGUAGUUUUCUUAUGUUUGAUAAACAUAUCAGCACGUGAUUCAGCUCUACUGGGCAAAUCUCCUUUGGCAAAAGUUACAGAAUUUCCCUUUGGUUGGGUAACAUUCCUUGGCAGCGGUUAAGAAGAGUUGUACUUUUCUUGGAAAAACCUAUCAGUUGUAGUUGAUCUAGUCUCCAUCCUUGCUGUAGCAUAGAUCUUCUUUGGCACUUAGUUCUUUCUCUGGGAUGUUUUACCUCUACCUUUGGGAAAUAUCCCAUCUGCUGGUUGAAGUUAGUUGAUACUCUGCAGUUGGGGAAGUCACAAUCCGAAAUUUCUUUUAGGGGAAAUUCUUUCUAUCAGAUUCAGUCCCGUUCAUUGGGCAAAUCUCCUUUGGCAUUUGGGACCUUUAGUUGACUCUUAUUAUCCGUGUGGGGCAAAUCUCCUUUGGCAUCAGAUCUCCGUUUUACUGGUGGGUAUCCUGUUGGAGAUCCUGGAAAAUUGUCUGUAUCAAAAGUCACUUGGAUAAUCAACUCUGUCCCAAUAAAUUAAGUUGAGUUCAGGAUCGUUUGGUCAUCUGUGAAGUGCAAACUUCCGAUCUUAGUAGCAGUACGAGUCAAAGACUUCUACGUUCAAAACAGGUGUUCGAUGCUGCCUAUUGUUAAACAAGGUAUCAUGAUUUAACAGAUUUCAUUCUCAAAAAGAUAUUUUCUUUGUAAUUCGCUGAAGACGUGGGGGAUCAUUUUAGCUGACUUUUGCAACGUAGAACACAAUUCUAAUUUUAUUGAGGGCUCUGAAUGAUGGAUAUGCUCCUUAGUGAUUCUGAUUGGGAAAGUUCUAGUGAGCUUGGUAGUGUGGGGGAUCAAGAAGAAAUUGAGCAUUUAUACAGUGGGCAGGCUCUUAGCAUUUUGUCAAGCCUAGAGGAAAGUAUUGGAAAAAUUGAUGAUUUUCUCUCGUUUGAGAGGGGAUUUAUGCAUGGGGACAUGGUAUGCUCUGGAACAGACCCAUCAGGACAGAUGGGGAGAGUAAUUAGCAUUGAUAUGCUCGUGGAUUUGGAAAAUGUUCAAGGAGAGGUACUAAGAGAUGUAAAUUCCAAGAAGCUAUCAAAGAUUCGAUCCAUUUCAAUGGGAGAUUAUGUUGUUUGUGGGCCAUGGCUUGGUAGGGUGGAUAAAGUAGUUGAUCGUUUAACUGUUGUUUUUGAUGAUGGGACAAAGUGUGAGGUCACUGCCAUGGAUCGAGACAAGAUCUUACCUAUAUCUCCAAACAUCCUUGAAGAUCCACAGUACCCAUAUUAUCCAGGACAGAGGUUGCAGAUUAAGCUGUCUACGGUUUCAAACUCAGCUGGAUGGUUAUGUGGUACGUGGAAAGAAAAUCAAGAUGAGGGAACUGUUUGUGCUGUGGAAGUAGGUUUAGUAUAUGUUGAUUGGCUUGCAUCAGUUCUUACGGGAUAUGAGUCGGAUCUGCCUGCUCCGCCACGUGUGCUUGAUUCCAAAAAGUUAACUUCAUUGUCAUGCUUUUUGCAUGCAACUUGGCAGCUUGGUGAUUGGUGUCUUCUUUCAAUUUCUGAUCGUAAGGCUGUCGAGGAGAAGGGUUUUCGGAGUGCCUCUACUCAUGAGCUCAUCAUUAAAAAGCAUAAGAAAUUAGAAAGCGAAUUUAGGAGAAGAAAUCUUAGUUCAAAUGUUGAGGAAAUCUUUGUUAUUGUGAAGACAAAAACCAAAGUUGAUGUAAUAUGGCAAGAUGGUAGCAUCACUUUGGGAUUAGAUUCGAAGACAUUACUCCCCGUAAAUGUAGCAAACGCUCAUGACUUUUGGCCUGAACAGUUUGUAAUGGAAAAGGCCCCUUGUGACGAUCCACAUGUUUCAAGUAAGGAAAGAUGGGGUGUUGUUCAGUGUGUAGAUGCAAAGGAACGAACAGUAAAGGUGCAGUGGAAAACUGUCACUACUCCUGAAGAUGAAGAGCUGAUGGUGGAGACUGUAAGUGCUUAUGAACUGGUUGAGCACCCAGACUUUUCCUUCUGUUUUGGGGAUUUAGUGUUUAGGUUGGUGCCAGACAAGGUUGAUGGUCAUGUUGUUAAAGACUGUCUAAACACAGAGAUUGUUGUGGGUCAGGUAGACACUUUUGAGGGAAAAAACUGUGGGAGUGAUACGAAUGAGUGUCCUGAUAAGUGUUUCCUUUCCAGCAUUGGUAAUGUUACAGGCUUCAGAGAUGGUGCUGUGGAGGUGAAAUGGGCUACUGGCAUUACAAGCAAGGUUGCACCUUAUGAUAUAUUGCGGAUCGAUAAAAGUGAAGGUUCAGCUGCAGUUGCUAGUGAAGGAGGAGUUCAGGACUUGAAUGAAGAAAUAACUGAUGACAAACAUUUUAGUCAGAAAGGAAAGGGCUUGCUGAACUCCGACGCUGUUGGUGAAGGUUGCAAUAACUACCCCUGGUCCAGUUCCUUUUUCUUUCCUCAAGCCGCCAUUGGAUUUUUCACAAGCAUUGCUACAAGUCUACUUGGAUCCUUUGGUUCCACAUCACUCGGUGGAACAGUGCCUUAUGUCCAUGUUUCUGAAGUUGAAAAAGAAUCUGGAAUCUCCAAUGAGAAACAAGGAUCAGAAACUAGUGAACUUUGUCUUGAGCCACAUCCAAUUUCCAAGUUGGAGAUAUAUGAUGAGAAAAGGUUAGAUGAAGAAGGCAACGAGAUUCAGUGGGAUAAAGAUCUCCCACAUACAACAGCUGAUAAGAAUCCAAAUAAGUUUAGGCAGUUUGAUAUGGUUCCUGAUUGCUUGGAUCAUCAUUUUCUUGAAGCCAGCAAGGGUCCAGCACUGUCUCAGGUGAGAAGAAGCUGGCUAAAGAAAGUUCAAGAUGAAUGGAACAUUCUACAGAAAAAUCUUCCUGAAACAAUUUAUGUACGUGCUUUUGAGGAAAGAAUGGAUCUCAUCCGGGCGGCUAUUGUUGGUUCACCUGGAACGCCAUAUCAUGAUGGACUUUUCUUUUUUGACAUCUAUCUUCCUUCGGAGUAUCCUCAUGAACCACCAAUGGUACAUUACAUUUCUGGUGGACUCCGUGUCAACCCUAACUUGUAUGAGUCUGGGAAGGUCUGUCUUAGCCUUCUCAAUACAUGGACGGGUAGGGGCACUGAAGUAUGGAAUCCAGGGAGCUCCACUAUUCUUCAAGUUCUUCUCUCCCUUCAAGCACUUGUGCUUAAUGAGAAGCCUUAUUUCAAUGAAGCAGGAUAUGAUCAGCAGAUAGGAAGGACUGAGGGAGAGAAGAACUCCGUAAGCUACAAUGAAAAUGCAUAUCUUGUGACCUGCAAGUCCAUGAUCUACCUCCUGCGAAAGCCACCCAAGAAUUUUGAGGUGCUCGUGGAGGAACACUUCAGUCAACGCUCUGAGAAUAUUCUGAUGGCUUGUCAAGCAUACAUGGAAGGAGCUCCAGUAGGCUGUGCUGCUGGUUUUAGCAAAACUGAAAAUGAACAUCAGACGGGAGGCAGUACAGGGUUCAAAAUUAUGGUCGGUAAGCUCUUUGUGAAGUUCUUAGAGGUUUUUUCUGAAAAGGGAAUAAAUUGCAGCCAAUUUAAAUAACAAAUUUGCUAUAUAGUUACCGAUAAUGGAUAACAAAGGCUUUCCUACAAUGUAUAUAAAUAAUCUCUAUGGUAUCAAUAUUGGCUGUUCAAUGAUUGUUAGUCAGCUGUUGUUUGUGGAAUUUGGUGGUUCCAUAUGUGAAAAAAAAAAAAAAAAAAAAAACAAAUAAGAUUUCUGAGCGUUUGGGGGUUGGAUACGUAUGAUAUUACAAAUGCUUAGUGAAAGAUUGGUCUGCUGUAUUACUGAUAAGGCUUCUUCUGGUGAUUAUGUAUUCUUGUGGACAGUAUUCAUAAAGAAAUAGCAAUAAGUUGGAUUUGUGUGCUAA